ACUAGGUACUGGUUUUGGAUUAGGAGUUGUUUUCUCACUCACCUUCUUUAAAAGGAGAAUGUGGCCAUUAGCCUUUGGUUCUGGCGUGGGAUUGGGGAUGGCCUACUCCAACUGUCAGCAUGACUUGCAGGCUCCGUAUCUUCUACAUGGAAAAUUUGUCAAAGAGCAGUGACUUAUGCUGAGAACAUCCCAGUGGGAAGAAGGAGAAACCAUGUUUAUUCCUCAGGAAUACUGAAGUGCCCUGGAGUGCGCUGACGUCCUGUGACAGUGUCCUCAGCAAUGCUUUCAACUCCAGCCACUGUUUAUGUAUUUGAAACCAAGUCUGUUUCUUUUGUAUUUUCUCUUUGGAAAUUGUAAGGAGGUGAUCUUAAAUAAAUUAAAAGUGGGAAGCCA